AUGUUUCUGAAGGACUUUCUUUGUGCUGCACCAGCAGAUCCAGGCUGCAGCAUCAACGACAGGCCCCUCAUCAGCUCUCCUUUAUCCCUAGCCGCACCACCAGCAGCAGCAGCAGCAGCAGCAGCAGAAGCAGCAGCAGCAGCAGAAGCAGCAGCAGCAGAAGAGGAAUUUGUAUGCAAACGAGAAGAAACAGAAACAGCAGGGGAAAUGGGGGCGGACUGCCACAGCAGCAGAUCCAUCAGCUGCAGUGUUGCUGCAUGCACAAUAGAUCCUGCAUGCGAAGACUCCAGCAGCAGCAGCAGCAACAGCAGCAGCAGCAGCAGCAGCAGCAGCCCUGUGAGUGCUGCUAGCACCAGCACCAUGUGGACAGUUUCUGGGGGCUCAUUAAAAGCUGCAGCAGAUGGCGUUGAUGCUGCUGACAGCUGCAUGCGUCUAUCAGCAUCAUCUGCUGCAGCAGCUGCUGCUGCUGCUGCUGCUUCUACUGCAGCAUCAACAACUGCAACAGCAGCAACUGCAGCUACUCCUACCGCAUCAUCAUCAUCAUCAUCGUCAUCAACAGCAGCAGGAGCAGCAGAAGCAGCAGCAGCAGCAGCAGGAACAGCAGCAGCAGCAGCAGCAGGAGCAGCAGGAGCAGCAGCAGCAGCAGUACCUGUAUCUUUAGCAGCAACAGCUCAUUCGGGUGUAGUCCAGAAGCCUCCCGCAUCUUUAUAUUGUUCUCCAAAUAAAUUUUUAUUUAAUUUAUAUAUAGCAGCAAGAUUCGUGCUGCAGCUGCCUUUCUAUGGGGCUGGUAUGUCUCUCUUAGUAAGCUACGAUGAGUUGCUGCUCUCCCCUAGAAGCGGCAAUGCAUGCAAAACAAAGAUAGCUGCUCCUAUUUGUUUAUCUCUUGCUGCACUCAAAGAUCUAAAAAAUAAACUUACUUAUACGCUACAGCAGCAGCAGCAGCAGCAGCAGCAGCAGCAGGAGGAGGAGGAGGUGCUGCUGCAGCAGCAGCAGCAUCUAGCACCACCAGCACCAGCACCAGCAGCAGCAGCAGCAGCAGCAGCAGCAGCAGAAGCAGCAGCAGCAGCAGCAGAAGAGGAAUUUGUAUGCAAACGGGAAGAAACAGAAACAGCAGGGGAAAUGGGGGCAGACUGCCACAGCAGCAGAUCCAUCAGCUGCAGUGUUGCUGCAUGCACAAUAGAUCCUGCAUGCGAAGACUCCAGCAGCAGCAGCAGCAACAACAGCAGCAGCAGCAGCAGCAGCAGCAGCCCUGUGAGUGCUGCUAGCACCAGCACUAUGUGGACAGUUUCUGGGGGCUCAUUAAAAGCUGCAGCAGAUGGCGUUGAUGCUGCUGACAGCUGCAUGCGUCUAUCAGCAUCAUCUGCUGCUGCUGCUGCUGCUGCUGCUGCCGCUUCUACUGCAGCAUCAACAACUGCAACAGCAGCAACUGCAGCUACCCCUACCGCAUCAUCAUCAUCAUCAUCGUCAUCAACAGCAGCAGGAGCAGCAGAAGCAGCAGCAGGAACAGGAGCAGCAGCAGGAGCAGCAGCAGCAGCAGGAGCAGCAGCAGCAGCAGCAGGAGGACCUGUAUCUUUAGCAGCAACAGCUCAUUCGGGUCAGCAGCAGCAGCAGCAGCAGCAGCAGCAGCAGCAGCAGGAGGAGGAGGAGGUGCUGCUGCAGCAGCAGCAGCAGCAGAAACAGCAGCAAAAAGGAGAAAAAGAAAAACAAAUAAAUGUCUUUAUGCAGUUUAUGUAUGCACCCGUCUCCAGAAACUUUCAAAUUCUGCUGCUGCAGCAGCAGCAGCAGCAGCAGCAGGAGGAGCAGCAGGAGCAGCAGCAGGAGGAGCAGCAGCAGCAGAAGCAGCAGCAGCAGGAGCAGCAGCAGGAGCAGCAGCAGGAGCAGCAGCAGCAGCCCCCGGUUCCCCUGCUGCUGCUCUUUCAGCAGCAGCUACUCCUAUGCCUGUCACCCCACAUGGAAACGCUAUACAAAGGUAAGCUAAAGCAGCAGCAGCAGCAGCAGCAGCAGCAGCAGCAGCAGCAGCAGCAGCAGCAGAUGCAGCAGCAGCAGAUUUAUGCAGUUUAUGUGUAA